AUGAGUGCCAAUGCCAUUAUUGCGGACUAUGAGUCGCCUGACUUGAAAAAAAACUUUCAAAUCUCUGAAGAAGAUAGAUCCAUCUUGGCUAAAGAGGUCGACCGGGAUGCUCCACAAGAACCAAGUAACAGUCCGUUGGGCAAUCUUAGAAUAAAGUCUAUGAAUAUGCAACAGACAAUCAAUGUUUUUCUGACUGAACGAAUGAAACAGGCAUCUGGAAGCGCCACUGCUGAUGAAGAAGACGUGGAAAAGAAGAUCCUCGAUGGUGACGAUGGUAUGGAGGGGGGUGACGAAGACGAAGAGAGUGAUUAG